UGACUAUUUCUUUAGCAAAUUCCCUAAAAAUCUAGUUUCUAGUCAACUUUUGUGAAUAUUGUGAUUAUCAGUAUAUAUUUUUUAGACAAGCUAGUUUACAGCUAGUUUUUAGCAUGUUCACAGAAUCCGCCGUUCAAAAUACAUCAUGUUGAGACUAGGACCAUUCAAACACUCAAUCACCGGUAGACUUCCCAGGGCAGCGCUUCGAUCGCUUUCGUCUUCAGUUGGCAAGCUUUCCGGUGGACCGAACAACUGCACCGCAUCUAGAAUCGAUGCGACGACCCGCCCACAGCAGCUGAAACACCAUCAGCUCCGCCACUUCAACGAUGAAUAUCGCGCUAUUUUGCGUCUCUUUUCCCGUUCCUACGGAGUGCCUCAGCACCUCUUGAGUCGUAGUUUUCACACGUCCUUGCAACGAUGUCAACAGAAUCGUGACGACGGUGGUUCCUCCGGAGGUAAUAACCGACCUCCGAAGCCAAACAAGGACGACGACAAGGAGAAGAUGAUGUCGGUGGUGACGAAAACCCUGUUCUGGAUGGUUACCAUCUACUUGCUGGUGGGAUUCCUGUCGAUGGUGAUGCCGAACAAGAACCGGCCGGAGACGACCACCCGGUAUGUCAGUUGGCAUGAGUUUGUGCACCACAUGCUGGCAGUGGGAGAGGUUAAGGAGGUGGUAGUUCAUCCGGACAUGGAAACGGUGACGAUUCUGUUGCACGACGGGGCGGUCAUCAAGGGACGGCGGGCGCACUCGAACAUUUUCCACAUGGCCGUGGCGGAUGUGAACAAAUUCGAGGAGAAGCUUCGACUGGUGGAGAAGCGACUGGGCAUCAAGGAUGGUGUUUCAGUACAGUUCGAGCGCAGUGGGGAUGUUAGUGGGCGAAUCCUGUUUACGCUGAUUGCCACCGGGGUGAUAAUUGCGCUGCUGAGUCGGAUGCGGGGCAUUCGGGGGCCGAUUAGUAUGGAUUCGUUUACUCAGAUGGGCCGUGCGAAGUUCACCUUGGUUGAUCCGGUCGAGGGAGGUCGUGGCGUUUUCUUCAAGGACGUUGCCGGUUUACAGGAAGCCAAGCAGGAGGUUAAGGAAUUCAUUGACUAUUUGAAAUCCCCCGAGCGAUAUCAGCGGCUUGGUGCUAAGGUUCCAAAAGGAGCGCUAUUAUUGGGGCCUCCUGGAUGCGGAAAAACUUUGCUAGCGAAAGCGGUGGCAACGGAAGCGGCAGUUCCAUUCCUGAGCAUGAACGGUUCGGAGUUUAUUGAGAUGAUUGGAGGAUUGGGAGCUGCUCGGGUGAGGGAUCUGUUCAAGGAAGCGAAAAAACGAUCGCCUUGCAUUAUCUAUAUCGACGAAAUCGAUGCCAUCGGACGGCAGCGCGAUGGCGGUGGAAGCUUUGGUGGAGUCAGCUCCGGAGAGUCGGAACAAACUCUGAACCAGCUGUUAGUCGAAAUGGACGGAAUGGCUUCCAAGGAGGGGGUCCUAAUGUUGGCCAGUACGAAUCGUGCGGAUAUUUUGGACAAGGCUCUGCUGCGGCCAGGACGGUUCGAUAGGCACAUUCUGAUCGAUCUGCCGAACCUGAUCGAGCGAAAGGAAAUCUUCGAGAAGCACCUGUCGGGAAUUUCGCUGGAAGCUGCUCCGGAUAAGUACUCUUCCCGGUUAGCGACGUUGACGCCCGGAUUUUCCGGGGCGGACAUUGCCAACGUGUGCAACGAAGCAGCAUUGCAUGCGGCUCGGUUUAGUCAGAAGAUAGUGACAACGAAAAAUCUGGAAUAUGCUGUUGAGCGAUUGGUAGGCGGAACGGAAAAGCGAUCCCAUGCCCUGUCGCAUGCUGAGCGAAGGGUAAUUGCGUUCCACGAGUCCGGCCAUGCGCUGGUUGGGUGGCUGCUUCCGAAUUCGGAUGUCCUGCUCAAGGUGACGAUCGUACCGAGGACAAGUUUGGCGCUGGGGUUCGCCCAGUACACUCCGAAGGAGCAGAAGCUGUACAGCAAGGACCAACUGUUCGACAAGAUGUGCAUGGCUUUGGGUGGACGAGCGGCGGAGAAUAUUACCUUUAAUCGGAUUACAACCGGAGCGCAGAACGACCUGGAAAAGGUUACCAAGAUGGCCUACGCGCAGAUCAAAUACUUCGGCAUGAAUGCCGCCGUCGGUCCGAUCUCCUUCUCCGAGGAGAACGAUUCGAAUCCGUACGCCGAGAAGCCCUACUCGCAGCACCUGACCAACGUAUUCGACGUGGAGGCCCGUCGCAUGAUCACCGAUGCGUACGAAAGGACCGAGCAAAUCCUGCGGGACAACGCGGACAAGUUGAGAACCCUGGCCGAGGCCCUGCUCGAGAAGGAAACCCUCAACUACGACCAGGUGGUGGAUCUGAUUGGACCACCGCUGUAUGACGACGCCAAGCGAAAGAUCGAACCGGUGGAGUUCGAGGACAGCCUGAAGAAGCUGGCCAACGGUGGCGAUGAACCGCAGUGAGCGCGCCCUCAUUAAAAUAGCUUGUUGAUUGUUUUAGGAGAAUAAAUUGAUAUGUACCAAU